AUGUUGUUGCGUUUUUCAAUUGUGAUAUUUUUGUGGUCAAAAUUAAUAGCUACAAUUGUUGCUUUGCCAACCGACGAAUUUAAAAAGUUUAUCAAUCAGGGAGAGUUAGCGUUUGACGACGAAAAGUUUUUAAUGCAUAUAGUUCCAUCGGGGUAUCCUUCUCAAAAAUCUAAAUAUGUCGGCACUCAUUUAUCUGAAAUAGUGGACGAGGGAUUAACAUUUAAUAUAUAUGAUGAAAAUCUAAGAGAUGCUUCUGUUGCUCUAUUUCGUUUACUACAAAGCCUAGAAGCCGACCAACUACAUAAAGUUACCGAAUGGGCUAAGGUCAAUAUAAACGAUGACUUGUUCGCGUAUGCAAAGCAACUUGCUAUUAUUUACGCAAAUAGAAAUGAGUUUAAGAGUGAUUUUCAUCACGAACCACCAUAUAUUGCAAAACCUAAUUAUUUUAUAAACGGUGAAACAAUAAAAAAAGCACAACAACUUAUUAUUGACAAUGGUCAAAUUACUGACCAAGAGUCCAGGGUAAAUCAAAUUUAUAAACAUAAUGACAUAAUUGCAAUAAACACUAAUUAUUCGGGCUGGAAUUUACCAAGUAAUGGUUGCCACGAAGAUCUUAACUAUUUUAGAGAAGACAUUGGUAUAAAUAGUUAUUAUUAUGGAGUCCAAUUAUUACACCCUUUUUGGAUGUCAAACAAUGAAAUGGAAGAAAUCAACCCACAACAUGCUGAAUAUUACUACUAUACUCAUAAACAAUUAAUGGCACGGUAUAAUUUGGAAAGACUAUAUUUAAAAUAUGAAAAAAAUAAACCUAUUGAAAAAUGCUAUACUGACUAUAAUCCAUAUCUAUAUUAUGACAAUGGUCUUCCGUUUCCGAUAAGAUCAUCAACGCUAAAAGAAUGGAAUGAAGAACAAGCGAAAAUCAAAUCAAUUGACAUUGCAAUUAAAGAGUGCGUCUCAAGAAAAGUAAUUUUUAUGGACAACGGUACAAAAAUACCACUGACUGAAGAUAAUUAUGUUGACUUAUUGGCAAAAAUUCUGCGUGCAAAUUUAGACGGAAUCAAAUCAGCAAAAUUCGUUAGAUCCUUUUUUGGGUAUGGAGGUAACACUUAUCCACUAAACAGUUACAAUCCUGCGCCGUCAGUGUUACAUCACCCAGAAACAUCUUUACGAGAUCCUGUUUAUUGGUACUUGAUAAAAAUAUUUUUAAAUUAUUUCAAUGAAUUCGAAAAGAACUUAGAACCGUUCGAUAUAUCAAAGUAUGAAGAUAAUGAAAUUAAAAUAGUCAAGACAGAUAUUCCAAAAAUAACAACUUACUUUUCUUACUUUCAAUUUAUAUUAAAUAAAGGUUUAGGUAUCAACCUAACGAAAUUACCAUACGCUAUAACAGCGAGACUCAAAAGACUAAACCACGUUGCCUUUGCAAUUAAUUUUAUAAUAGAAUCAAAAUCUGAGAAACCAGUUAUAGUAAGGCUAUUCCUAGGACCUGAAUGUCAUAUUGAAAACUGCUGGAUUUCAUUCUCUAAUUUCUUCGAACUCGAUUCUUUCCACUACAAGCUUCAUAAUGGAAUAAACAACAUUACAUGGUCUCCAUCGGAGCGUUUAUCUAAGUUUUCGUUUGAAAACUUUUAUAAUAUGGAAGAGCAGUUUAACCAAGUUAACAGAUAUAACUUAUUCAACUUUCCCGUAAGUAUGAUUAUCCCUAGGGGUACAGAAGAAGGUCUGAAUCUAACACUUUUUGUCAUAAUUACCCCCAUGGAGGACUUGUUGCAAAGAGAUAUGCCUGUUGAUUAUUCGAAUAAUUAUCAAAAGUAUCUUUCAGAAGUAUCAGAUAAAAAGCCUCUGGGAUUUCCAUUUCAUAGAGAAGCAACUAAAUUUAAGCCAUUUGCAAACAACUACCGUUUUUAUAACAUAUCCGUAUUUCAUAAGAAGAGGAUAGAAGUUGGUGAGAAUGGUUAUUUUUCCAAACAUCUAAAUUAA